AUGAGAAAUUAAAGAAAAUCAUAAGUAACUCAAAAUAUCAAGUUUAAUAGAGUCCUUUUAGAACUACUUAAUCUAUUAUGAGAGAUAGUCCAAAUACAUAAUUAGAUGAAUCUAGCAUUUCAACCAAUAGGAUUCCAUAAAAUAGAGAAUCAAUAAGAGCUAGAAUGAAGAUUAACUAAUCUCAUAAUAAUGCUCUAGCUUAGGGAGGAUAAAUUAGAAAAUAAAUUGCUAAUGAAAGAACAUCAGCUAAAGGUGGCAAUCCAAAUGAAUUUAAUCCUAAGAAAUUUGUGACUAAAGAUCUAAAAGUAUUUGUAGUUUUUCAUGAAAGGAAUCUGAUAUAAUAGAUAUUAAGCAAGUUUUUGAUUAUUUUGAUUCAGAAUAGGCUGGUAUUUUAUCACCAAAUGAUUUGGAGUAACUACUUACUAGUUGUGGAUAUCAUCCAACUAAAGAGACUCUAUAUGGUAUUAUGUAUAAUCAUUACAUUUUAGAGAUUUUUUCAGAAUUAGAUGAAGAUGAAUUAGGAGGAAUUACAUUUGAAUAUUUUCUUAGUAUUUUAAAUUAAGACAAAUCUAAAGCAGAAAGAAAGGAUACAAUCAGAAGAGUAUAUAGAAAAUAUGAUAAAAACAAUAAAGGUUUUAUAACUCUUCAAGAUUUAAGAUAAGUAGUCUAUAAAGAUUUGAAAGAAGAAAUUGAUGAAGAAGUAUUAGCAGAGGUAAUUUUAACUUAUAAAAAUUAAGAUCUUUAAAAAAACUGAUUCUAAUUAAGAUGGCAAAAUGACAUUUGAAGAUUUCUAUAAUGUGAUGACCAAAAAGGUGUAUUAUUGAUAUUAUUUUAUACAGUGCAUAUUUAAUUAUAAUGUCU